AGAGAGAGAGAGGGAGAGAGAGAGCAAGGGAGGGAGGGAGGCAAACGAACAAACAAGCGAGCGCCCUUCAGCAUCCCGCGUGAAGCUCGUAAAGUGAGCAAGAGGAGGAGAAAGAAGAGGAGCGAGAGAGAGAGAGAGAGAGAGAGAGAGAGAGAUAGGGAGGGAGAGAGGAGGACGACAGGCGAGCCUUUCCCUCAAAGUCAACAUUUUCUACUUUUGAUACUCCUUUCUGGCGCCGCACCCUCCAUGACGUCCUCGCAAAGCUCAUUUUUAAUUUUCACUUGGAUUUCGCCUCUUCACGACGGGCAGGAGAGGCGAGAGCGGAUGAUCGGCGCCGGUCCCGCCAAGAGAGGGGAGGACGGCCAGCGUCCCGCGGAUGCACGCUGCCACUAGACAAUCCGGAGGUCCGGAUCAAGCCGGAGGAGAAGCGCCCCCGCCCGCGGCGGACGUGAGGCGCGGAUCUGCGUGAGCGGCACUAUGCUCACAGCGCACGCCCGGGUCAUUCCCCAAAAGCUGCUCCAGGAAGUCCGAGCCAGAAAGGAAACCCGUCCCGGAUCCCCCCCCAGUCGCUUCGUGGUCGUCGGCCAGUGAAAGUCAGCCGAGGAUGCCCCAGGUCUCCCUAUGAUCGGCGCCCCAUGCGCGUCGGCCCUCCGCCUCGCCCUGCCCGCCCGCCGCCCCGCCAUGCUUCUUCGGGUCGCGCUCCUGCUGCUGCACUGCUGGGCCUCCGCGCUGGGGCGCCAGUACGAACUGUGCAAGUCCCUGGUGAGCACGGAUGACGGCUCCGUGUGGGAGCACUACGCGUGCCAGCCUCGCGCCGAGUCCAUGAAGGACUACAUGAGGAUCAAGGUGGAACCGGCCGGCAUUACCUGCGGGAACCCGCCCGAGAAGUUCUGCACCCUGGAGAACCCGUACCUGUGCAGCGACGAGUGCGACGCCUCCAACCCCGACUUGGCGCACCCCCCUCAGCUCAUGCAGGACCGCGAACGCAACGGCCUGCUGACCUACUGGCAGACGGUGACCUGGAGGCGCCACCCGGAGCCCCUGCUGGCCAACAUCUCCAUGUCGUGGAACAAGAGCCUGGAGCUCACCGACGACAUCCACGUCACCUUCGAGUACGGCCGGCCCACCGUCAUGAUUUUGGACAAGUCGCUGGACCACGGCCAGUCAUGGCAGGCGUACCAGUACUACGCCGACGACUGCCUGGAAAACUUCAACAUGCCGGCCAAGCGCGUGCACGACCUGACGCCCGCCAACGUCACCCGCGUCAUCUGCACCGAGCAGUACUCGCGCUGGGUGGGCUCCAAGAGCAACAAGAACGUCACGCUGGAGGUACGGGCGCGCUUCGCCGUCUUCGCCGGCUCGCGGCUGCACAACAUGGACAGCCUGUACACGCGCAUGGAGAGCAUGAAGGGACUGAAGGACUUCUUCACCUUCACCAACCUCAGGCUGAGGCUCCUCAGGCCCGCCCUUGGGGGCACGUACGUGCAGCGGGACAAUCUGCACAAGUACUUCUACGCCAUCUCCAACAUCGAGGUGCCUGCCAGGUGCAAGUGCAACCUGCACGCCUCACAGUGCCUGCUGCAGGAGGGCAACCUGCAGUGCCAGUGUGAGCACAACACCACAGGCCAGGACUGCCAGCGCUGCAAGAAGGGCUUCAAGGCCAAGUCGUGGAAGGCCGGCUCCUACCUGCCCACGCCCAACGGGACCCCCAACACCUGUACGCUUGCUGGUUCGCCCUCCGGUUCUAACUGUGAAUGCUACGGCCACUCCAACCGCUGCACCUACCUCGACUUCCUGAAAAUUGUCACGUGCGUCACCUGCAAACACAACACCAGGGGCCAGAACUGCCAACACUGCAGACUGGGAUACUUCCGCAACGCCUCUGCUGAGCUGGACGACGAGAAUGUCUGCAUCGAGUGCAACUGCAACCAGAUGGGUUCCGUCCACGACCGUUGCAACGGAACGGGCUUCUGCCAGUGCAAGGACGGCGCCACCGGGGCCAAGUGUGACGAGUGCCUGCCGGGAUACUACUGGAAACAAGGCUGUUACCCCAACGUGUGUGACGAGGAGAUGCUCUUGUGCCAGAACGGCGGAACGUGCUACCAGAACCAGAAGUGCGCCUGCGCCCCCGACUUCAAGGGGGUGCUGUGCCAACAGCCGCGCUGCGAGGCGGGCAAGGACUGCAACGGUGCCACCGCGUGGCAGCCCUCCGCCGCCACCCUGCUACUUUGCACUCUGCUCGCUCGCCUGCUAGCCACGCCACCGCCGCCCCACUGAACCGCUGCCGCCGCCGCCGCCGCCGCCGCCGCACGCAACCGACGAGUGUCUGUACACUGCUCUCGGAAAGUUGGAGAUAUUUGACUUGAUCGUUGGGAUUUUAUGUUGAACUAAAAAUGCGCCGGAACCUAAAGAGGGGGAACUUAGUUUGCGUGUCUCCAGACUUCUGCCUUUGAGUGUCAUCAAUAAAAAAUAAUGGAAUAUGGGCUAACAAACCACAUCAAGGCUCCUGUAGAACACUACCAAAGUCCUCUUUAGGGCCCAAAGCAAGAUCUUCAUGUGGGUCAGCUCAGGGCUGGAAAGAUUCAAGUACAUUUUGGGCUCAUCCAGAAAUUUAACCCUAAAGCCAAAUAUCCCCAAAUUUUGAUUAAUUGUGUGUACACGAGUGUGCGACCGCAGCACUCACGCCCCCCCUCACACACACACACACAAACCCACUAACACACACCUUACAGGACUGACAGAGUGUGUGCUCAGGUGCCAGAUGGACAAAAAGAUGACAAUGACCAACGCGAAGGUGAAAGAGACAAAAAGAUAUAUUAUAUAUAGAGAUAUAUAGAUGACAUAUAAUCCUAGCAACCACUGUUCCCUUUAUUCCUGAGCAGGAGCAAUGUGCAUCAAACCAAAAAAAAAGAAUUAAAAAUAGCAGAAUCACUUAAAUCACCACUGAUUCACAUGAAAAUGGAAUGGCUGUCAACACGUUUUUUUUUUUGUUUGUUUGUUUUUUGGUGGGAGGGACUUGCGAUCCCUGUGCCGAAGCCUACGCGCUCUGUAAGAACCGGGUUUCAUUUCUUGUCAAAAAAAAACAAAAAAAAAAACAGCGCCAACACAGACUUGUACUCUUU